UUAAAUAAAGUGGUGUAAAGUUUUAAAAAGAGAGACAAACAGGUAAUUGUGUUUUCAACUCUCAUUUCAACUGGAAUUCAGUCAAAACCAAUGCCACGACUGAACGACUGGUGGAAUCCAAUUCACUCUUAUCUUAAGACUUUGCUUAUUAUAUGAGAUAUUGAAUAGAGAUAUAGUGUGACGAUAUGUCGACCCAACUAUAAUCAGACGACUCUUCCACUGGCGUUGAAGGAUAUUCCCAAAUAUUCAUUUAGUAUUACUUGGAUUUUUAGUUGAAUACACUUCUCAUUUCAUUGGAUUUAUUGAACACGAGUCAACUAAAGUGUUGUGUUUUUUGUUUCAAUCAUAUUUAUUUUGAAUAAACAAUCUGUUUUAAAAUGCAAACAGUUUUGUCGGGUUUUGCCAAAAAAGUUUUGUUGACUGCCGAACAACAGUUCCAGUCUUUUCGCACUUUGUCUUCACUUAAAGCUAAUCAAUAUUUUAAAUCAUCAGAUCUUGAAAUACAUGAAUGCAAAACAAAUGAAAGAAAAGUCAAACCCGAGUGGAAUGAUCUGCCGUUUGGCAAGAGUUUCAACGAUCAUAUGCUUGAAGUGAACUGGAAUAUAGACAAGGGAUGGAGUAAACCACUGAUCGGUCCAAUACAUAAUCUCUCAUUACAUCCGUCCGCAAAAGUGCUUCAUUACGCUCAAGAACUUUUUGAAGGAAUGAAAGCUUUUCGUGGAGUCGACGGAAAGAUCAGAAUUUUCAGACCAGACAUGAAUAUGAAGAGAAUGAAGACAUCGGCUGAAAGGAUGAGUUUACCGGAUUUCGAUGGAAAUGAAUUGAUUGAAUGCCUAAAGAAAUUAAUUAAAAUAGACGUGGAUUGGGUGCCGCCCUAUGAGACGGGAGCCUCGCUAUACAUUAGGCCCACUUUUAUAGGGACCGAAGCGGCGCUCGGCGUUCAUAGUUCUCAGGACGCGUUGCUUUAUAUAAUCUGCGGACCCGUCGGCUCCUAUUUUAAGGGCAAAACAGCGAAACCGAUCGCACUGUUAGCCGACCCCAAGUUUGUGAGAGCCUGGCCGGGAGGGGUGGGCGACAAGAAAGUGGGCGCAAACUAUAGUUCAACACUUGCCUUACAGAAUGUGGCCGAAGAUAAGGGUUGCCAACAAGUAUUGUGGCUCUUCGGCGAUGACCACCAACUGACAGAAGUGGGAGCAAUGAAUUUGUUUGUCUUUCUCAUCAACGAGAAGGGAGAGAAAGAGUUGGUGACCCCUCCCAUAAAGUCGGGUCUUAUUCUUCCGGGAGUGACCAGAAUA